CAGUUUUCUAGUUACGACUUUUCCCUCAAAAUAGCCACGGCAAAAGCCUGUAAUUUAGGUUUGCGAAGUUAGCGCUGUGCCUUUUUUUUUUUAAUGAAAAGCCGCUUCGAUUUCGUAUGUGCAUCCCAGGAGACCAUGGUAGUUCAUACAUAGCUGACUGAUUGAUGUUCAACGGGAACGUGGUGGUCCAUUGAUUGUUUAUUGAUUCUGGACAAGGCAUUUUAUGGACAAAGGGCCACACGCUUUCGCCAAAACUUUGCCACAGUAACAAACAUGACUUCUUCAAUCUAGAUACUGUGGACGACAUGUUCUAAGAGUGAAACAAGGCCCCCACGUCAAUUACAAUUAUUGUGUUCUGACCCAAAAAUGAGACAAAUUCGAAACGUCGUCUUGGUGUGUUUACUCUCGCUUCUGUCGGCAUUGGGAAGUGGCGGAGGUGCUAAAGUCACCACUCCUGGAAACCGCGUCGUCAUCCUAUAUCCGCGCAACGCCACCUACAUCAUCCCAGUCCGAUCAAAUGGACAGUUCAAGCCGCUUCUCACAUCCGCGAAGAAAAACAGAAACAGCGGAGCACCGUCGACAUCCGAAGUGCGAGAAGGGCCGCACGUUUACGACUCAGCGACACCCCUGCGGCAGAUUGUCCUUGUCCCCAAGCUCACGUACCAGCGCAUGCAGCAAGCGAUGCCGGCUGGCCCGUACGGCUACGGGAGCCUCGCCGACAGCAAACCUCCAGGGUUACGCGAUUUUCUCUUCUGCUUCGAAUCGGGGGGCACGGAAAUGUGCGUGCGCGUGGACCUCACUUCUGGAAGAUUGAUGGCAGCGGCCAGGAGUCACCAGGAGGUGCGGAAAAGGCGGCGGAAAGCGCGGCCGAGGAAGAAAGUAAACAGAAAACGCCGAUCCUGGAAGGAUACCGUCAGAGACACCUUCUGGCCAGAAAAACAAGAAUCCGGAAAAUCUGGCGGAAAUGACAUUCCUGCGUUUCUGGAGGACACCAUGGACGUGUUCACGUUCAAGAACCUCACUGUUUGGCGAAACGUUCGAUGGAAACGAGUGAUGAACACCACGGAUUUGGGCACACACCCAAACGCUUCUGCCAAGCUGAACGCAACGCUCUCAGAGCCCGCAGAGAAAGAGGUAACCGUGCAAGCUGCCAAAGACAUCUUGCUCCUGCACGAGCUUCUAGAGCUCACCCAGUGGUCCUCGGACAAGAAGUGGGCAGAAUUUGAGAAGGGAUGCCAAUUGCUCGCGACCAGCCGUACAGUCCUGAAAGGUUGGGGGACCGACUUGGAUCCCCCGUCUAGCCUCUCACGGCCGGGAUAUGAGAGCAGCCCAACGAGCGAGGUGGAAUCCAAGCCGAUAUUUUUUGGUCACCGGUGGAUGCCACCGGAUAGGCACGAAGACCCUGAACCAGAAUUUGCGACUAGGGAAAAGAGUGUAUAUGGUACUGAAAGCAAAUCAAAAAGAAGUAAUAAAAUGUCGGGAGCAAUGGCUUGGAACAAUAGACAGCCAGCUGAGGACGAAUAUGUACUCGCUAUUCCCCAAAGUGGAGGUGACAUUUACGCGCCGGCGAAGCAUUCAAAUCGCGAUGCUGGCAGCAGUGUUCGAGUUGGUCACCAAAACUUCGUGGGUGCAUCCAGUACUCGUCACGACCCUGGGCGCCGAAAAUACGGAUUAGGAGGUGGGGAAAAGCACAAUGAGUGGAUUAAGACGAAUGGUGAUUAUGUUCAUAGUGACAAGAACUUGGAUGAUUCGGCUUAUAGGCGAAGGCGGUAUCACGGUGCCAGCAGCUUGCAUAGUGUCGAAAACAGGCCCGAGUGGCAUAGGCCCCAUCGAGGUGGAGGCAUGGCGGCAAAACAGCCGAAUGUGAGGCAGAUUGAGACGGAGCCGUCAGAAAUUGACGAGCUCAUCGAAAACCGGAAAGCAUUCGGAAACGUCUCAAAUCGACUUGUUCUCUUCGCGGAGACGGUGCGUCUCGGCACGAUGCAAUCGGAGUUCGGAUGGAAGCUGCUCACAAAAGGCUUUAACCUAUUCAGCAACAAAAGUCACAUCACGGAAGAAGAAAUGAAGGACUUCGUGGCAAAGCUACCACCACCCAUGCUCGGGAGCGCGUUCCAGGACACCAUGAACUCUAUGAUAAUCUACGACCUGAUCGCCUUCAACGGUUCGGGUGAUUACAACAAGUGGGUUGAAAUGGAGCGCCAAAGACUGCCCAUCGGGGCUGCGCGGAAUAUGAGCCGAAGUGUGCAAAGUCGGCUGGCCACCGCGCAGUCGUUGAAGCCAAUGGAAGACUGGUACGUCAGGAAGCUGGACGAACUGAUAAAUAUGAAGCUCAGCAUUCUCAUUCUGAAUGCUUCGUACGACAAAGACAUAGCAGGCCUCCUCUCAAAGAAACUGAACGUGGACGUAACGCCUGAAUCCCUCGAGACGCAGAAAAAUUUUUUGAGCAAGAACCGCUUGUCAGCCAGACUUUUAGGAGCCGUCUACUCCAACGAACUCUGGGCUGCAAUGAUUUUAAAUCUCAUUUCGCUUAACGAUCCCAACGGUACCUCUCCCGAGUGCGCCAAAGACCUUCCGCGUCUCAACCCCAAAGACGCGAACAACACGGAAGCCCUGGCAAAGGAAGUGGAUGCGAUCAUCAGCAAGCUGAAAGACACUAACAGUACUAUAAUGAAGGAAAAGUGCAUGAAGGAGUUGUUCUUUUUAAAACUGCUCACCCUGGCUGAGAAUACAGCACACGAGAGGGUCUGGAGGGACGUAACUGUCAUAAAAUGGACAAACUUUUCGGGCACGGAAGCUGCCGAAGGAGCGACCUUCUCGCCACAAACAGUCAGUCUUUUAAGAGGCUUUGUCCACGCCAGCGACUUGUCCGUCUUCCAUUCGUUGGUGCAGCAGAUUAGGAACUUCGUUCAGAAGCCUGAUAUGGCCAAGAGCGCAGAAAGCGUGGUGCGUAGCAAAUUCCUUAAUGCACUUCGAAAUGCGCCCAGCCAAAUGCGAGAAACAAAGUCUCGCGAGUCUAGCAAAACAGUCUUCCCACGCUCAAAGACAGAAGAUACGGGCAAGAACGGCUCAGUCAAAGGGCAGCCCUCUGUCCCUGGUACGCAGAUUGAGCUGUCCGCGCAUGAUGACAGCAGGGAUGCUCGUAGCCAAGAAAAAGCUGUUGUAUUGCCAGAUGCACAGCAAGGGGGAACUACAACACGAGAGCUGAUUUCUGAAACAAUGAUACCUAAGAAGAUUCUAACAACAGUGACACCAGCUGGGGGGAAGUAGCCCAAAGGUUAUUGCGAAAAGACGUGUGCAGAAAGCUGGAAACACUAGUACAGUGAAUACAAUUUAAGUAGAAACCAUUAUAAUAUUUAUGACAAUGGUUUCCAUGAACAAUUACAAUGCUGCGUAAGCUAUAUAGCAGAACAUAGGUUGUGAGGGAAUAAAAGGCACCAAAUAAUCUAUCAGAUCCGAGUCUCCUUAUGCGUGAUUCAAACUGAACUGCCAGUGUCUCUCCACAACUACAUUACAUGUUCGCACCACCACAACAGAACAUAGGUCAAAUAAAAGCAAAAAGUAUAACGAAUUCCCAUCGAUGACGAAGUGCAAACGUGAGCGUGUGGGUAUGUAAUAGACACCUGCAAAUAUAUAAAUAAACAUGUUACAAGAAAUAAAGCACGCCAAAAUCAACAUAGAUGAAAAUUUAAGGAAAGAACCGCAAAAUUCCCGUCUACGAGUGUCUGGUUUAGAAUAAGAAUUAUAUAUAGAAUAUAAGAAUAUAGAAGUAUAAGAAUUUGCGCACAAACUUCCAUGGUGGGUAUCUACUCAGGUGGGCAUAGACCGAUCGGUGUGGUCAGUCAUGAAGCAUGCAUGCACCUAGCUUGCAGAGCGGCGCUCACGAGGAGGUUGUUGCUUGCAGGCCCUACUGACAAUACGAGCGUUCAUAACACUUGGCCUUCAUCAACUACUCUGCUUCAUAUUAUCGAGUGUCACUGAAGGAAAUACACGGUUCCGCAUUAGACUUAGAGGUGACCAUUGCACUGUCCCAAGCUUCUCACCUGUUACUACUUUCUACUGCUGGCGCAAGAUGACGCAAGGUAACGGCAAGUCGCUUUAUUUUGCAGCUUACAGACAUAAGAAGGGCACGGUAGCAAUCUUGUUCCCUUGUGUAAAAAUAUCCGAGCGCCAAAUCGCGAAUUGCGUCUGUCAUCAGAUGCCCAGUGUAUGUGCUCGUCACGUAGCGCGAUAGUGGCCGCUUUUGUUAUAAUAAGAAAAAUAUGUUAGCUAGAGACUUACGCCUGCGUCACUAUUUCUAAAAGCGAGGGCUUCUUCCUGCAUAUUUAGUGGGAAGUUAGCGCACGUAUUUCUGUUACGUCUAUGUUCUGGGUAUUGCAAUGUUUUAUCAUUGAUACUACUACACCAAAAGGCGUCCACUUCUACACGAACGAUGAUUAAUGCCAUCAGCUUUCUUUUGAGUUCGUCACUUAUGUCAACGUAGCUUAGAUGGAAAUCUUGUUGUCGCUGUUAGUUUUAACAUUCUGCUCGAGCGUCACUUUAACCGGGGGCACAGUUUUUGUUGCGACUUUUACAAACAGCUUUGUUUAGGAAGUAGUUUACAAUUUUUCACCAACAUCUGUUGCAUCAUUGCUUUCAUUCAGGUGGUGUGCUUCGGGGCGUACGAUCUGUGCAAAAUACGGUCUCCCUUUUGAUCGUUAAUAUUGUUACAAGAGCGACUGAUACAUGGAUGAACGCGAGAUUAGGCAGAGCGAUGAAGACGAUGAUGAGGUCGCUUGCACGUGGGCUGGAUCAGAAAUAUUAUCUUGCCCUAGUUUCCUUUGCAAAUAUUUCGUAAAUAUAUUCUUCGCCUACAUCUCGUCUCUGUGACAAUAUAAAUUAUUUCAUGGGUUUUACGUUCCAAAACUACGAUUUCAUUGCAUAAGAACCCUCACGCCGUAGUGAAGGUUUUUGUAUUAAUUUUGAACUACUGGGUUUCUUUAACGUGCACCGAACUUGCAGUACAAGGGCGCCUUUUGCAAUUCGCCUCCAUCAAAGUGGUAGUGUGCGCGGUUUCAGAAUGGCUGCUGAGCUUGGUCUUCCUAAUCUGUGGGAUUCAGAAGCAUACCUAACUCUUCUGCGUAUACGCCAACAGAUAUCAGAGAGAUGCGAAGCUCUUCGGGAGAGAAAACUGCUGGGUCAGGAUGGUUCUUGCAGAUGUGUUUUGAGGUCCCUGCACUAACAAGCAAGCCAGAUGACGAUCAGGUACUGCUGAGAAAUGCAUAAUAAAUUUUUGAGGUCAUCUACCGGUACCCCCGAUAUCUCUCUGAUCUCCACCGCUCUCUUCGUGCCUUUUAAUGUUACGCCUAACAUUUUCGUUCUACCACCAUUUGCGCCGUCUUAUACUUUUUCUCAAGCUUGUUUGUCAACCUCAAAGUUUCUGCCCCACAUGUUAGUACUGGUGGAAUACAAUGAUUGUACCCGUUUCUUUUCGACGACAGUGGUGAGCUCACGUUCAUGAUUUGGUUAUUCCGGCCGUAUGAGCCCCAUUCAUUUUUUCUUCUGUAAAUGUCCUUCCCAUGAUCACAGUUCACUGUAAGUGACCUAGAUAAACGUGCUUCUGCGCAAAUUAUAGAGGCUGACUGCAGCUGAUGAAUUCUCGUUCGCUUGACAGGCUAUUCAGCAUUACAUUUGUCUUAUGCAUAUUAAUCUUUAACCUACUCUUACAUUUUCGCAAUUAAGGUCCUCAAUACAUUGUUCCAAUGUGUCCCUAGCGUUGCUGAACAGGACAAUGUCAUCGGCAAGCUGAAGGUUGUUGAGGUAAUCGCUGCUGAUGGUCACUAUUAAUCCUUCCCUGACUAACAGCUUGAAUACUUCUAAGCAUGCAGUCAAUAUCAUUUUAGAGAACGUGCCCCUUUCUUUAACUCUUUUAUAGGUAUUCUCCCAUUUUCCUUUCGGAUAAUUAAGGCAUGUGAAGCCGGAACUAUCACUGUAGCUGAGUCGAAACCAAUGUGAGAAGUUGCGGAUGUGUGCGCUCCAGCUGAACGUAAAUAUGGCAGUUUCACAUCAUUCUCCAAUCUACACAUCCUACAUAAAAUGUUUCCCAGUCAAUAUAGGGACACAUGCCCAUGGUGUGGGGCCAUCCCAACACUACAUCACAUCACAUGGGAGUGCAGAAAUAACUUCUCUUUCCACAAAGAAAAAAAAAACCAGUGCGGAAAAGUGGGAGGGCCUGCUCACCAGCGGCGUGCUCACAGUCCAAAAAGGAUUGGUGCAACACGCUCUCAAAGUGGCCAGGCUCAGCAGUGCUCUGAAAUAGAGGCGCCGACCACUCAGGACGACGGAGACUUCAGUAAAACAUAAAGACCUCUGUUAGCCGCUGAAAGCUGUAAAUAUAGCAAUAAAGCUUUUCCUUCCUUCCCUCA